AGUCGCGGCGGGGCGCGGGAGGAGGGUAGAGGGGCGCUCGGUGCGGCGUCCCCUCAGCAGCCGCCGGGCCCCGCCCGGCCUCGCCCCGUGCCCGGCGUCGGCGGGGCCGCGCGUGCGGGCGGCAGCAUGAGGGUGGCCGUGGACUUCGAGGAGUGCCUCAAGGACUCGCCGCGCUUCAGGGCAGCUCUAGAAGAAGUAGAAGGAGAUGUGACAGAACUGGAACUGAAACUUGACAAGCUGGUAAAGCUUUGCAUUGCAAUGAUUGAUACUGGGAAAGCAUUCUGCACAGCCAACAAGCAGUUCAUGAAUGGAAUUCGAGACCUUGCACAAUAUUCCUGUAAAGAUGCAUUGGUUGAGACUAGCUUGACAAAGUUCUCUGACACCUUACAGGAAAUGAUCAAUUAUCACAAUAUCCUGUUUGACCAAACCCAAAGAUCAAUUAAAGCACAGCUUCAGACUUUUGUUAAAGAAGAUAUUAAGAAAUUCAAAGAUGCAAAGAAACAGUUCGAAAAAGUUAGUGAAGAAAAAGAGAAUGCUCUAGUAAAAAAUGCUCAAGUUCAAAGAAAUAAGCAACAUGAAGUAGAGGAAGCAACCAAUAUUUUGACUGCAACACGGAAAUGUUUUCGGCACAUAGCUCUGGAUUAUGUUCUUCAGAUCAAUGUUCUUCAGUCUAAAAGAAGAUCAGAAAUUUUAAAAUCGAUGUUAUCAUUUAUGUAUGCCCAUUUGGCAUUUUUCCACCAAGGCUAUGACCUUUUCAGCGAGCUUGGGCCCUAUAUGAAAGAUCUUGGUGCACAGCUGGAUCAGUUGGCUGUAGAUGCUGCAAAGGAGAAGAGAGAUAUGGAGCAAAAGCACUCCACUAUUCAACAGAAGGAUUACUCCGGUGAUGAUACUAAACUAGAAUAUAAUGUAGAUGCAGCCAAUGGUAUUGUUAUGGAAGGCUAUCUAUUUAAGCGAGCCAGCAAUGCCUUCAAGACUUGGAACAGGAAAAAGCCAGAUCACAUCAGGCGCUGGUUCUCAAUACAAAAUAAUCAACUUGUGUACCAGAAGAAAUUUAAGGAUAAUCCCACGGUAGUUGUUGAAGACUUGAGGCUUUGCACAGUUAAACACUGUGAAGACAUAGAAAGACGUUUCUGUUUUGAGGUGGUUUCUCCAACAAAAAGCUGCAUGCUUCAGGCUGACUCAGAAAAGCUGCGGCAGGCGUGGAUUAAGGCUGUUCAGACCAGUAUUGCUACAGCAUACAGAGAAAAAGGGGAUGAAUCUGAGAAACAGGAAAAGAAACCAUCCCCUUCUACUGGAAGCUUAGAAACGGGCAGCGAGACAAAAGAGAAAUUGUUAAAGGGAGAAAGCGCUCUACAGCGAGUUCAGUGUAUUCCUGGUAAUGCUGCCUGCUGUGACUGUGGUUUGGCAGAUCCUCGCUGGGCCAGUAUCAACCUAGGAAUCACGCUUUGUAUUGAGUGCUCUGGGAUACACAGGAGCCUAGGAGUCCACUUCUCAAAAGUAAGAUCUUUAACACUGGAUUCAUGGGAACCUGAACUGCUAAAGCUUAUGUGUGAAUUGGGAAAUGAUGUCAUAAAUAGAAUAUAUGAAGCAAAGUUGGAGAAAGUGGGAGUAAAGAAGCCACAACCUGGAAGCCAAAGGCAGGAGAAAGAGGCGUACAUCAGAGCAAAAUAUGUGGAAAGAAAGUUUGUAGAAAAGCAGCCUGUAGCAGCUGUAUCUCCGCUUGAAUCUGGAACAAAAGUUUUUCUUCAAAGUCAGGAAGAGAAAAGGCACAGUGCCCCUGAAAAAUCUCUUUUGACAGGGGAACAAGGUGUGGCAUCCCCAAAAGCGGUUGCUGUAAGUAGCGACGAGGCGAGGCGGGAGUCUCUGUUCUGUCCUGAUGAACUAGAUUCACUCUUCUCCUACUUUGAUACCUCUUCAAAACUACGUAGUAUAAGAAGCAGUGACAGUGGGAUCCAGCAGAGUGCUGAUGACAGCAGAGAACACCUUGCCUCUACUAUAUCAGCUAACAGUUUGUAUGGACCAGAAGGAGACAAGCAAGAGACUUCUGUGUUCAUUGACUCCAAACAGCUUAGUCCAGGAUUGCAGCUUUAUCGAGCUGCUUUUGAGAAGAAUCUUCCUGAUAUGGCAGAAGCAUUGGCCCAUGGAGCUGAAGUAAACUGGGUCAAUAUAGAAGAAAACAAAGCAACACCACUCAUUCAGGCAGUGCAAGGGGGCUCCUUGGUUACUUGUGAAUUCUUACUGCAGAAUGGUGCCAACGUGAACAUCAGGGACACGAAAGGAAGAGGACCGCUGCACCAUGCCACAGUUCUAGGACACACUGGGCAGGUGUGUUUAUUCCUAAAACGAGGAGCAAACCAGCAUGCCACUGAUGAAGAUGGGAAAGAUCCGUUGAGUAUAGCUGUAGAAGCUGCAAAUGCAGAUAUUGUAACAUUGUUGCGUUUAGCAAGGAUGAAUGAAGAAAUGCGUGAAUCAGAAGGACUCUAUGGACAGCCAGGAGAUGAAAUUUAUCAGGACAUUUUUCGUGACUUUUCUCAAAUGGCAUCAAAUAAUCCAGAGAAGCUAAACCGUUUCCAGCAGUCAGAUUCCCAGAAGCCUUAAGUGUCAAGAAGGAAAAGAACCUGCUCCUUUUAGUGCAAGUCGUCUUUAACAGAAUGAAAUAUAUGCAUUUUGUUAGAUAGUUUGGAUAAAACGACCACUCUAAUGUAGCUGUAGAUCAUGGUAGCUGGGGAAAUGUAUAAGAGUUUCAUGUUUCACAGUACAUAUACCUCAGCAGCUGAAGAAAACGUUUUAAAGUUAAAGGAAUACCUGCUAGCUCGGUGUAGAAAUAGUACCAGUUAGCAAGUAUGAAGUUCAUCUGUAGCUCGUACUUAGAGUUAGCAGAGCAUAGCUGUAUGUGUUGCAGACUCUGAGUGGCAGGAUGACCAGAUCCGCUUUGCUAAUUAGUAUCCUAUACUGUCAUCUGUCUCACUGCUGCCAUAAAGAUGUGCCUCUGACAAGAAUGUCUAGGUUGCAUUUUCUUGGACUGUUUGGAAGGGAAAUCAGGUAAUGACUUACAGAAAUGUCCUUCUGUUUGUGGGCCUGUAACUUUUCUUAUUCCUACCCUGACUCUGGUUAGAGGUAGGCUGUUAAUAACAAGAUGUGGUAACUUCUCUUUUGCAGCAGAAGUUUUAACACCAGGCUGGCUUUUAUACUAGUGACUGCAGGUCAGUCACAAUCAGUAUAUAUCCUGGAGGACCAAAUUCUAAGAGUUAGUCAAUUUUCUUCUGCACCCUUCUUCUCCCCCGAGCCCCUUCUAAAAUGAAGAUUGCUGUGAAGGAAGUAACUUCUAAAUGAGCACUUGGAACCUUUAAUGAAAAAAAAUAAAUUUAAUCCUGCUGGA